AUGGGUGUAAUACCUGAAGAUGCUGUGUGCAGUCGUUAUUGGCCAGUUAUUGAUUUCUGUCUAUACACCCCACAGCAGCAGCAGCAGCAGCAGCAGCAGCAGCAGCAGCAACAGCAACAGAAGCAGCAGCAGGAGAAGAAGGAGAAGGAGAAAGAGAAGGAGAAACAGUUGGAGGCGCAGGGACAGCAACAGCAGCAAAAGGAUGGCCAGCAGGUAGAGAAACAGCAAGAAGGACAGCAGCAGGAGGGACAGCAGCAGCAACAGCAGCAGCAGCAGCAGCAGCAGCAACAUAGUCAUAAGAAGAAGAAGAAGAAGCAGAAGCAAACAGCAGCAGAACUUCCUUCUAUGGUUAGUACUCUAUUAGGGUCACCUAAACAGCAGCAGCAGCAGCAGCAGCAGCAGCAGCAACUGCAACAGCAGGAGCAGCAGCAGCAGCAAGAUACACCACAAUCACCUAUAGCAACACCAUCAGCACCACCAACAGAAGCAACAGAAGCAGCAGCAGCAGCACCUGCAGCAGCAGCACCAGCAGCAUCACCAGCAGCAGCAGCACCAGCAGCAACAUCACCAGCAGCAGCAGCAACACCAGCAGCAGCAGCAACACCAGCAGCAGCAGCAACACCAGCAGCAACAUCACCAGCAGCAGCAGCAACACCAGCAGCAACACCAGCAGCAGCAACACCAGAAGCAGCAGCAGCAGUAUCACCACCAGCAGCAUCACCAGAAGCAGCAGCAACACCAGCAGCAGCAUCACCAGAAGCAGCAGCAGCAGCAGCAGCACCAGCAGCUGCAGCACCAGUUGCAGCAGAAAGAACAGCAGCACAAGAUGCAACAGCACAGACAGCAGCAGCAGCACAAACAGCAGCAGCACAAACAGCAGCAGCACCAGCAGACGCAUCAGACGCAGCAGCAAAAUCUGCAGCUGCAGCAGACGCAGCAGAGGCAAAGUCAGCAGCAGUACAAGAAGCAGCAGCAGAAACAGCAGCAAAACCAGCAGGAGCAGCAGCAGGAGAAGAAGCAGCAGAUGCAGCAGCAGCAGCAAAAGGGUAA